AUGUCGGAAGCAGCGCCGCAGACCGCCAACAAAUUCGUCACCGAGCUCAAUCCAAAGGGCAUCAAGCCAUGCUGCGCAUGUCCCGAGACAAAGUCGCUGCGAGACGAAUGCUUCUUCAAGUUCGGCCACAGCGUCGAGGAGCACGGCGAGUCGGCACGAAAGUGCGAGGAUCUGGUCAAGAGGCAUCGAGAGUGCAUGGCCUCGCUAGGAUACAAGGUCUAG